AUGUUUGCCCGACAGCUUUCACGGUCUUUGGACCCUAAGCAUGAUUAUGAGCCUCAAGCUUGUUAUAGUUCAUUCUGCAAGCAUUGGCAACAGGCUCAUGACAUUAUCAUAAAAUCUAAGCCCCAAAAUUUACAUGAUGAUGUAUUGGGUGUUGUUAACCAUUUGGAACAGUUGACCACCUUACUUGUGCUAGAGGCAAGAGCAAAAGAGCUUAGCACAAAGCCUACCCAGCAACCCUGUUUUGAAUUUUUACUGAGCGAAAAUGUCUUGGACAAAUUGUAUGAGUGGGCUAUAAGUACGGGAAAAUACGAGAAUGCGCUAAGAUUAGAACAAUUGAGGUUAUUCGGACACCUCAUAAACUUUUACAACUCACAAGUCAUCGCCGCUGAACCGUUCCUGAGGCCGCUUCUGAAGUUGCUUAGCGGUUUCCGCGAUCAAUUGCCACCACCGAAUCUCGAAAGUCAGUUAGUAGCAGUCCUCAAUCAACUAUGUAUAACACUAAUGCAGAACAUGAAAUUUGUGGAUUUGUUCUUUUUAACCACUCACACGCAAAAUGGAUCGGUUCCAGAGUUCGUAAUAGGUCAACUGCUGUUAUCGUCCGUGCACCGCGAGGGUUCUUGCGGGUCUGUGGCCCGGGACGCCUUCCUUCUUUGUGCAAAGAUGUCUGCGAUCUCUGAACAGCUGGCUGAAUGUUUGCUUGCUGGGAACGCAUGUCCUAUACUGGCCACAGGCUUAAGUGGGUUGUAUUCCCUUCUCCCUCGCACAUUAGGCGAAGGUAUCCAACGUCUCACUCCUGAUGACGUCAACAAAGUACACAAGCUCACCCUGUUUAUUGAUUCACUAGAAUUUUGUAAUGCUGUCGCGCAGGUGGCGCACCCAACGAUAAGGUCGCAGUUGCUAGAUUUACUUCUCCAAGGUUUCCUAGUACCAGUUAUGGGCCCGGCGCUUUUACAGACGAAAGGGGAAACGUUGCAGAGUGGCGCGGGCGAACAAGCGGCCGCUACGGCGUACUUCGAGCUUCUGAUCCGAUGUAUCACUCCGGGAGGUGUAAUGAGGGUAGUCCUACAAUUUCUUUUCACGUUCGAAUACGACGGCGUGAAGGUGAUCGAUGUUCUGCUGGCCAGACUCGAAGGUAGCUCACAGCUGUCACUCGUAACUCUAUCCCUAAUGGAAACUCUCAUUGAUCUCAACUGCGAAGACGUCAUGAUAGAGCUGGUCUUCAAAUAUCUGCUUAACGGUCACCACGUGGUCACACAGAAGCACAAACUGUCAGACCCCGAAUUGUACAGGCUGGCGUCUAAUGCGUUUUUGGACUUGACCCCAAAGUGCUGUCAGAGGCCAUUGGAGAGUACCAAGAAGUGGGUACAAGAUAUGGCGACGACGGGAAGGAAAGUUUUGGACAUAAACCUCGAAAGCAAUAACAGGGUGAACGGAGUACAAGGAGAUAUAGCUUUGAGCGAUCUAGUCCAAGAGAUCAAUUUUGAUUAUGGGAACCCGAACGACACCCUAAUAGGCAACUAUCACGCGUAUCUAUGCAACAGUCGCUUCGAGAUUGUCACGCGAGCCAUUGCGUGCGCGCAGUGGAGCUCGAAAUACCACAAAGUAACCAAACGGGAACCGAACAACAAUGCGAAAGAUAAGGAUUUAGAUCAUACGAUAGAUAGUCUAGUGUCCAUAUGCACUAGCGGUUACGAGACACUGAAGACAUCAGAAAAGAGCGACAGUUCGGAAAAGGAGCAUAGUCUUAACUCUCUGACGGAGGAGAAAGAUGAAAAGGAGCAUGACAGUUUAAAUUCCUUCGGGGAGAGCAGCGGUUACGAUAGCUUCUUGAAUAAAGAAGAUCCUGAUGAGGGCUUCGCUGAAGAUUCCUUUAGGAAGAGUUUUGAAAAGGAGUUGGAGGAUAUCAUAGACCGUUGUGAUGCGCCGGUUCGAAGUUGGCGGGUCAACGCUGAUACUCUUAUUGGUCCACUUUUGAGCAGUCUAUUACGAAAAGUGGGUACUCUCCUAGAAACGGAUAUAACAACAAACUUCCGCGUAACUAGCGCCAUCUGCAAGCUAUGUUCCUUUCCUUCGCCGCUGUUGACUGCUGUUCUCUUGUGUCCUAAUCUGACACCAAAUAUACCUUCAUUAUACCAGAUACUAAAUAAACUAAGGGAAGAAAUAGAUGCUGCUGUGAUGGGGUUUGACAAAAUAAAUGAGCUGGUGGACAGGGCUCGGGUCUUUCUCAUUCAGAGGGAACUGUCUUUGGUACGGCGGGCGCUUACAAGCAACGAUAGAAGAGCGCAGAAGCAAAAUUCGCAAAAUGCAGACAACUCCUUUCGUAGGACUGAGCCGAAACGAAGAAGUUUAUCAACCAGUCUCAGCAACAUGUUCGCUAGGAAGACGCCACAGUCACCGCAGCAGCAGCAAUAUCACAGUCCCACCCCAACGCAGCUACCGCCGUUUACCCAAGAGCCAUAUUGGAAUAAAUCGGCGAUUCACCGCUGCGUACUAAAUGCUGUGAUCCUCGACGAAUGGCUCAAGGAAUUAUCGGCCUUAUGUCAAGAGCAAGCGCUGCGCCUGUCCGCCGAUUCGUACGAACACGAGAGCUACGUCAGGAUAUUGGCCUUAUGA